AAAAAAAACCCUCCAUUAAAUCAAAUGAACUCAACAACAACAAAGCUAGAAAACCUAUGGGAAGAAGUUCGUGAACUGUCAUUAGGAACCACCCCACAAAUCGACCGUCUCAACACCCCACCAACCCCCAUCCAAUUCCUCCGUCAUUACCUCUCUCAAAACAAACCCUUCAUCCUCUCCGCCAGCGCCGCCACCACCCUCAACUGGCCGGCCACCACUCUUUGGACCUCCACUACUUACCUUCUCAACACCCUUUCGUCUUCCCCCAUUUCCCUUCACUUAACCCCCACCGGCCAAGCUGAUUCUCUUGUCCCACUCCCUUCUAACCCGGACUCCCUCUGUUUUGCCUCUGCAGCUGUCCGGAAAACAUCGUUUUCCGACGCUAUUGAUGCGAUUAAUUCAUCGCAUAAGAAGGAUGGGUUAAAUGUAGGAUUUGUUGCAUAUGCACAACAGCAGAAUGAUUGUUUUAGGGCAGAGUAUGGGGCGUUGGCAGGGGACUGUGAUUCGGAUAUUUCGUGGGCCACAGAAGCAAUUGGGCAAUUACCGGAGGCUGUAAAUUUGUGGAUUGGGAAUGAGUAUUCGGAAACUUCGUUUCAUAAGGAUCAUUAUGAGAAUUUGUACGCUGUUGUUACUGGUGAGAAGCAUUUUGUGCUUCUUCCACCUACUGAUGUUCAUAGAAUGUAUAUUAAGGAAUAUCCGGCUGCUAAAUAUUCUUAUUCUGAGGAAACUGGGGAGUUUGAAUUAGAACUUGAAAAUCCACCAAGAUACGUCCCCUGGUGCAGUGUAAAUCCUUUCCCAUUACCUGAAAACAAGGAGAAAGAAAUAUCAGAAUUUCCAUUAUACUAUAAUGGACCGAAGCCAUUUAAAGUCACUGUCAAGGCUGGUGAAAUUCUUUACUUGCCAAGUAUGUGGUUUCAUCAUGUUCGGCAGACUCCAGACAACAGGGGACUUACCAUUGCAGUGAAUUAUUGGUAUGAUAUGCAGUUUGACAUCAAAUAUGCAUACUUCAACUUCUUACAAUCACUCGAGGCACCCCUAGAGCUAGUAUGUCACCAGUCAAGUUCAAAUACUUCUGAACGUUUUGUAAGAGAUCGCCUCAAUGUUGAUAAUUCUGUCUUAAAUGAAGAUGUGGCUGAUGGUGAUGGAAAUCAUAAAGAGGAGGCGACCUUAACGACUGUCUGACAUAUUUUGAUCUUUUAGCCAACCUGUAACCAUCCUUCAUUCCACCUGGCUAAUUUUCUUUACGAAUUUUGCAGAAUGAUCACGUUCAAAACCGACAAAAGGUAGCUAGAAACCUUUAAAGCAAAGCUGAUAAAUCAUUUACCAGCUGGGUUUACCUCUUAUAUAUAGGUUACAUAUUCUGUUUAGUUUAUCUGUGACCCUAGAUGUAUGAUUAUGGAGUUUGUUGGUAACUAUACAGGUUGUAUUUCAGGUCUGUUUGAAUGACCCACAUGUUGUAUCUUCUGUCCUGAAGAUUGUUUUAGGGGCUUCACGUAUGUUUUGGUUUGCUUAACGGACGAACAAUUAUGCAUGUCGUGGAUGUACCGAUUGUUAUAGAAAUUUUACAUUAUGAUGUAUCGCGAAUUGUGGUGUAUCUAUCACCUACAUUUAAAAAAUGUUUAUAAUAUAUGGUUAGACUAAAAUCAAUUGAGGUUAAAAAGUUUGCUGAUUCUUCGUACAAUGUGAAACUUGCCCAAAUUUUGGAUA